CUACUGGCUUCAUUUCUCAGCCCUGGAGGCUGCUCCAUAAUUAAGACCUUUUCAUCACUUAGUGCAAAGAAACACUAACAACAACAAUGGUUACAGCUGACCCAAUGGAGGACAGAACAGACAGCCAAAUGGCUGUGAAGGUGGAGAAGCAUUCACAGUAUGUCAUCUUGACUUACUUCCAAGGGGACAUCAACAGCAUGGUGGAUGCUCACUUCAGCCGUGCACUCAGCAAAGUUCACAAGACGAAGCCACCGGCAGCAAAACCAAAGAAAAUGCGUAAAACUAUAAAAAUGGAGGAUAGCAGCCCCUGUCAGGGGAGUGCUGUUGACCCUUACUCAGACUCCCAGGUCCCCCCUGUGGGAGGACGUCUCCUGACCUUCAACCCUGCCGACAACUCUCCUGACUCCUGGCACCCAUUCACUGGUAGGGCAGGAGAGGGCCCAGGGUUACCGUACUCCCUUUCCCAAGAUGGUCUGAGUCUAACUGGACAGCAAUAUGCCACAUCCCUACUUAACUUACUGCAUAACGACCGGGGUGAUUUGGGACCCAGCAUGGCAUCCAGCGCCAAGCCGGAGGGGCUUCCAAGCUGGACGGUACCUCAAGGAUUCAGAGAGUCCGUAGACCCUGCUUUGGGCUAUGAAGCCGCACGUCAUCUGGAAAAGAAGGACCUUUACUGGUACUGAGGAGUGGGCGGCUGCAGCACAUGAAACAUAGAACAGUCUCAGCUUUACCUGUGGCUCUGGAAAGCCACCUGCCUCCCUCUUCGCCUUGUAGUUGUCAGAAAUUUCCUCGUCAAACAGGACUCAGAAUGCCAACUGAGAGUACACACAGAACAGCAGUGCUUCCAUUCCCUGCCGUGCUCUUUCCAUUACUCCGUCAGAUGACCUCAGUACCUCAGUAUGUGCAAACCGGAGCAACCUUUCUGAAAAGGGAACACUCUCUGACAAACCUGUUCUUCAACUCUGUCAGCCUGCCUGUAGAGCUCAGAGCACUGUGUAUGUUGUAGCUUCCUUUGUGGUUCAGUUGAAUGAGGGGCAUUUUCUGUUGCUUUUUUUUCAAACAGGUACUUCUCUUAGUGGGCCUACACAGUAAAUAGACCAGUAUUAAGUUUAAGUGUUUAUAUAUUGAUGUUAAUAGCUGCCUACAGAUCAUAUAGACGACUGUGUGAUGGUGUUAGAAUAUUUAAGAUAUAUCCAUCAAACAAAAGGCAAUGAAGGAACGUGAUGAAUGAAGGAUCGUGAUGUUAUUGUAUGAAUUUAUUCUUUGA